GCCUCCAAGCUCUGAGGAGAGGCUUCUGUGGUGGAGGUUGUUGUCGGCGUCGGCAGAGAUGGAGCCGUCGGGCUGGAUGCGCGCCGGGAUCCUCCUGCUGUUGGCGGCCCCGCUCUACGGCCGCGAGCUCCGCUUCGGAGCGGGAGCACCGCCGCGGGUCCGGCGGGCCGAAUCCGAGGGAGUGUGCGGCCCGCGAGACGGCGGCUUUGAUUUGGAGGUGCUGGGCAACAGCACCCACCAGCGUGUCUUCAAUGACCUCAGUGGCUCAGUGACCCUAUCCUGGAUUGGUGACAGCACUGGGGUUAUUCUUGUGUUGACCACAUUCCAGAUACCUCUGGUAAUCAUGAGUUUUGGGCAGUCUAAGCUCUACAGAAGUGAAGACUAUGGGAAAACUUUCAUAGACAUUACGGAUCUCAUUAACAACACUUUCAUCCGGACAGAAUUUGGAAUGGCCAUUGGACCAGAAAAUUCAGGGAAGGUGAUACUGACGGGGGACAGACCUAGACCAUACCAUACAGGAAGAAUAUUUCGAUCAUCUGAUUUUGCUAAGAACUUCCAGUUGACAGAUAUUCCUUUCCAUCCUUCAACUCAAAUAAUUUAUCACCCUCAGAAUUCUGAUCUGUUGUUGGCCCUCAGUAUUGAGGGCAGCCUAUGGGUGUCUAAGACCUUUGGUGAGAAAUGGAAAGAAAUACACAAAGAUGUUUGCCUGGCCAAAUGGGGCUCUGGCCUGACCAUCUUCUUCACCACAUUCCUGAAUGGCUCUUGUAAAGCUGAUCUUGGGUUACUUGAGCUGAAAAGGACCAAAGAUUUUGGGAAGACAUUCAAGACUAUAGGAAGCAAAAUCUACUCCUUUGGCCUUGGAGGACGCUUCCUCUUUGCAUCUGUGAUGACAGAAAAGGGCAGUACAAGGCGAAUCCAUGUGUCAUUGGAUCAUGGAGAAACCUGGAACAUGGCACAACUUCCUUCAGUUGGACAAGAGCAGUUUUACUCUAUCUUGGCAGCUAAUGAUGACAUGGUGUUCAUGCAUGUAGAUGAGCCUGGAGAUACUGGGUAUGGCACAAUUUACACCUCUGAUGACCAAGGCAUCAUUUAUUCGAAGUCCCUAGAAAGGCAUCUCUAUACCACCACAGGGGGAGAGACAGACUUCACCAAUGUGACCUCCUUGCGAGGCAUCUACAUGACUAGUGUGCUCUCAGAAGAUAAUUCCAUUCAAUCGGUGAUUACCUUUGAUCAAGGAGGGGAGUGGGUGCAUUUGAGGAAACCUGAAAAUGCCAAAUGUGACUCAACCGCCAAAAAUAAGGAAAAGUGCAGCCUUCACAUCCAUGCAUCCUACAGCAUCUCCCAGAAGCUGAAUGUACCAAUGGCACCUCUGUCUGAACCCAAUGCUGUUGGAAUUGUCAUUGCUCAUGGAAGUGUUGGGGAUGCCAUUUCAAUAAUAAACCCAGAUGUUUACAUUUCGGAUGAUGGCGGCUACACCUGGGCACGGAUGCUUGAAGGACCCCAUCACUAUGCCAUCUUGGAUUCUGGGGGCAUCAUUGUGGCCGUUGAGCAAACGGAUCAUCCUAUCAAUGUGAUUAAGUUCUCCACAGAUGAAGGACAGUGCUGGCACAACUACGUUUUCAGUAAGGAUCCUAUGACCUUUACUGGACUGGCAUCAGAGCCAGGAGCAAAAUCAAUGAAUGUUAGCAUCUGGGGAUUUACAGAGAGCUUCCUGUCUCGCCAGUGGAUCUCGUAUACUAUUGACUUUAACGAUCUUCUCAACAGGGAGUGUAUGGAGAAGGACUACACAAAGUGGUUGGCUCACUCCAGCAAUCCCAAUGACCCUGCAGAUGGCUGCAUAUUGGGCUACAAGGAGGAAUACCUGCGCCUUCGCAAGUCAUCUUUCUGUCAGAACGGCCGAGACUACGUUGUGACCAAGCAACCAUCUGUCUGCAUUUGCACAUUAGGGGACUUCCUCUGUGAUUUUGGCUACUACCGCCUAGAAAACCAUUCCGAGUGUGUGGAGCAGCCAGAGCUGAAGGGGCAUGACCUAGAAUUUUGUCUAUAUGGGAAGCAAGAGCGGCUAAAGACCAGCGGAUAUCGGAAGAUCCCGGGAGACAAAUGUGUUGGUGGGGAAAAUCCCAUCCGUGAAGAGACUGAUCUGAAAAAAAAAUGCACUAGCAACUACUUGAACUCAAGCCAGCUGUCUACUUCCUCUAGCUCCACUCCAGUCAUCCUGGCUGUAAUAGGCUUGAUGCUUAUGACCGCUGUAGCUGGAGUAGUCAUCAUUAAGAAAUACGUUUGUGGAGGAAGGUUUCUGGUUCACCGAUACUCUGUCCUGCAGCAGCAUGCGGAAGCUAAUGGCUUUGAUGGAGUUGACACACCAGAUGCCAAUAAAACUGGCUACCAUGAUGAUUCUGAUGAGGACCUUCUGGAAUAGUGAUAUUGCAGAUCUAACUAGAAUUGGAUUCACAUGGAUUUAGAUGCUGCUACAGAAGGGCAUGAAUGCAGACGGUUCAUUUUACUUCUAAUUUGAAUGCCUUUUCCGUACCCAAGGGAUUCUGUGUUCCUACUAUCUCCAUCAAACUGUCUAAAACCAAGAAGGCUGCAAGAACUGCUUUGGGUGGGUGGGUGUGGAAGGGGGAGAUACUGCAGCUCUGAAUAAGGAAGAAGGGAAAGCUUUUUUUAAAAAUGUAACUUUGUUUUAAUCAGAUUUCUUUUUCCAACUCUUAAAGGAAAACUAAAUAGGAAUGUGAAAGCAACAUUUCAUUAAAUAUUAGCAUUACUAGGUACGACAUACCAUGCUACUAGGAGAAGGCUCCAAAUCCCUGGGUGGGGACAUGUUCCACUCCAACACUGUGAUAACACUGCUUUGAAGCUGUUGCAGUGUGAGCAGCACUUCUCCUA